CUGAACGCAAAGAGCCUCAAAAAGCUGGGAAUCAUGAUCGGCAAGGGCCUCAUUGCUGCCAGUUGGCUCGCCAGCACUGCUGUUGCUGAGACAGUCCAUGGCGUUGUCGUUUUCACGCGCCACGGAGACAGAAACACCAAGCACUACGGAGCUCAGGCCAUCACCAGUGUAGGAGCCCAGCAGUGUUUUCAGGUUGGCAGUGACUACCGAAGCCGUUACUUGGAGUCUGGCUCUCCUCACCGGAUUCUCGACAUCUCCGAAGACAAGUACGUCUCGUCGCAGAUCUACGCCAGCGCUCCCGACCAGAGCCUUCUCAAGAACUCGGCCACGGCCUUCCUUCAAGGUCUCUACCCACCACUGACCGACCUUGACGCCGAGAUCGCGACCACAACUCUCAACAACGGCAGCGAGAGCAGCAACCCCCUGAAUGGGUACCAGUACGUUUUCCUCCACGGCGAGAACAAGAACUCUCCCGACACCAUCUGGAUCAAGGGUGAUGAUGGGUGCCCGGCCAAUGCCGCCGCCUACAAGUCUUUCGAGGAGAGCGACGAGUUCAAGACGCGCCUCGAGACAACGAAAGACUUCUACGGCAGCUUCUACGACGUUCUCGAGAGCGUGUACGACUACAAGCCCGAGAACAUGACGUACAAGAACGCCUACGAUAUCUUCGACCUGGUCAACGUUGCUCGCAUUCACAACAGCACUUCCUUGGCUCGCAACGUCACGGAUGAGGAGCUCUUCCAGCUCCGGACGCUGGCCGACAGCUCUGAAUUCGGCUACAACUUCAACGCCUCUCAACCCGCCCGCGCCAUCCACGCGCAAACACUCACCGCCGGCAUCCUUGCUCAACUGAACGAGACCAUCACCUCUGAAGGCAAGCUCAAGUUCUCUCUGCUCUCCGGCAGCUACGAUACCUUCCUUGCCUUCUUCGGUCUCAUGGACCUUGUUUCGGUCUCCACAAACUUCACCGGUCUGCCAGACUACGCUUCCACCAUUGCCUUCGAGUUGGUGAGCGACAACACCACGACGUUCCCUGCCGAUGCGGACGCCGACAUGCGCGUGCGCUUCCUCUUCCGCAACAGCACGUUCGGUGAACUGACGCCCUACCCGCUCUUUGGCACUUCCGAGGAGACUCUGUCAUGGCCCGAAUUCGUCAGUGAGAUGCAGGGACGUGCCAUCAGCACCGUCGAGGAGUGGUGCAAUGUGUGCUCAAGUGUGCAAGACUUCUGUUUCACUAGCCAGAGUGAGGCACCGAGCUCUGAUUCUGGCAAGAGUGGUAGCGGGAUGUCGAACGCUGUUGCUGGUGUUAUUGGUGCCGCAGUCACCCUUGGCGUUGUAGCUAUUGCCGGAGCUAUUGCGUUUGUGGUGUUGAGGAAGCGUCGCUCGACGUCAGCUGUGGCCGGGUCUCAACGUCAACAGUCUGGGGGUGAGAAGUCAAGUCUGCGUAGCGGGGGAAGCGGAAGUGUCUGA